AUGUCUGAAAAAGAGAUUUCUGAAACCGGUUUUGCUGCUACUCCUCAGUGGUUAGACGAAGAAUUUUUGGAAAAAGUUUUGAAAUAUCACGAAAAAUGUGAAGAAAUUAAAAUUACUGAGCUGAAAGUCAAUCCAGCUUCUAUUUUGAACAAUUUGGCCUCAAUUAUCUUCAAAAUUGAUGUAUCUUACGAGAUAAAAAAUCAUUCAAAAGUUCACUCAAACUUCAUUUUAAAAACUAUUCCCGAGGAAAAAGAUAUCAAACUAGAUUUUCAGAAAUAUAAUACGGCAUUUCCCACGGAAAUGUUCAUUUACGAGAAAAUUUUACCGAAAAUGCAUGAACUUUUGAGAGCAAAAAAUGAUGAUACGGUUUUCGCUCCUGAGUUCAUCUAUUGCACCGACACUCCCGUUCCUAUGAUAAUUUUAAAAGAUUUGAGCUUUGAUGGAUUUUGCAGUCCAAUGAAUUUACUGGAAAUUGACGCAACCAAAGUUGUUACGGAAAAAUUGUCGAAAUUUCAUGCUUGUUCGAUGUUUCUCCAUGAAAACGGAACUCCAAUUGACUCGUUAACUGAGAGUUUUGUAAAACCAACACAUGGAAAAGACUCAUUCACUGAAGUUUGGAUAAAACCAGGACUUGAAUUGGCCAUUUCUUACUUCAAAAAGUGGGAAGGAUGUCAAAAUAUUGCUGAAAAAUUGAUAAAAUCUGAAAAAACUAUCAUAGAGAGAUUUACUCAAAUUUACGUCGACCCGUCAAAAGGACCUUAUAAUAUUUUGAAUCAUGGCGAUUUUCAUCAUGGUAAUUUAAUGCAGCGAAAUGGGGGAGUCUUGCCUCAGGAUCUGUUGUUGAUUGACUUCCAAUUUUCCUUUUUCGGUACUCCAGCUGUCGAUUUCAUAUACAUGCUGUAUCUGAUGACGAGUCAAAAAGUUCGCAAAAAUCAUAGAAAUGAAAUUAUGGAGCUCUACUUCGAAAAAUUCGUUGCUACUUUGAAGCUUUUGGACUUUAAAGGAAAAAUUCCGACGUUUACCGAAUUUGAAAAUGAAUUGAAACGUUGUCGUUUGAUGGAACUUGUGUUACUUUUGUGUUUCGGUGCUUAUUUUUACGUCAACUGGGAAGAUAAAUCCACAAAAACAGUCGUUGAAGCGGCCCAGGAGAAAAAUCUGUACGCUCCAACAAUUCCUAUUUGGGAAAAUAAUGAAGAAUGGAAAGAAUAUGUUACAAAAUCUGUCGAAGAAAUGAUCAACAAAGGAUUUUUGGAUUAA